AUGACUGUAGCAGCUCUGGCUGAGAUGCAAAAUCAAUCGACGAUCUCCGGGUGGAGGGACCUCGAUGCCGUAAGCUGCACCUCGGAUCCGAAAUGCGGACGCGAUGAGGAGCCCGACAACGACAACGACCACGGGUCCUGUGGUAACAUGAGCAGGAUCAAGGCUAUUGACCACAACUCGGCCCACCGCAUUCAUUCCGGCCAAGUCGUCCUGGAUCUCCAGGGUGCAAUCAAAGAAUUGGUUGAAAAUAGUCUAGAUGCCGGCGCGACAACCAUUGACGUCCGAUUCAAGAAUCAAGGUCUUGACAGUAUCGAAGUCUUGGAUAAUGGCUCUGGAAUUGCAGAGGAAGACUGGCCAUCCAUAGGCCUCAAGCACCAUACGUCCAAGCUUCCGUCGCUCGCGGACCUCCCUCAUGUGACGACCUUUGGCUUCAGGGGCGAGGCCUUGAGCUCACUGUGUGCCCUAUGCGAGUCCAUCACAAUCGUGACAUCCACCAAACAGACGGAACCGAUGGGUGCGGUCAUACACCUUGGGAGGGAUGGCAAAGUGAUCGAUAGCGAGGGACGGAUAGCGAGACCACGCGGCACAACAGUCACUUUGAACGGCCUCUUUGUGCCUCUCCCUGUCAGGCGGAAAGAGUUUGAACGGACAAUCAAGCGGGAAUUCCCAAAAGCUCUCACGAUGCUUCAGGCCUACGCACUUGUGCCCGCUGCGACAGUCACAAAGCCCGGUGUGAGGCUCAAAGUCGAAACGGUUGCCUCCAAAGGCAAGCGAAAUGUCAUGCUUGCGACCGAUGGCAGAGGAUCUCUGAGAUCAUCCGUCAUCUCCGUGUGGGGUCCGAAAGCUCUCGAAGGUGUUUUGGAUCUGGAUCUCGAGCUUCAAGUCUCCGUGGACCCCGUCAUGGCGAGACGGGAAGGCUUGGACGUACAAUCCCAAUCGGUCAAAGUGUCCGGCCUCAUCUCGUCAGCCUCGUGGGGUCAAGGUAGGAGCAGUACAGACCGCCAAUUCUUCUACAUCAAUCAGAGGCCUUGUGAUCUGAAGCAGGUCGGGAGAGCGAUCAACGAGGUAUACAAGAGCUACAAUACCCAUCAAGUCCCGCUUGCGGUGCUUGAUUUUCAACUGCCACCUGAGAGCAUCGAUAUCAAUGUCAGCCCAGACAAACGGACCAUUUUCCUGCACAGCGAAGCCAAUUUCAUCGCAGCCCUGCAACUGCCUUUCAGGGAGACUCAGACCUCGCCAGACGUUCCAAAUGCCGUCAAUGAACCCACUGAGGGGGACCUCUCGCAGGCAGUUGGUGACCACAUUCAGACACCUUCGGAUGCACCAACGCGCCUUUGCCCCGAUGUGGGCGACAUACUCUUCGAGGGCGAGAUAGACGCCACACCUGCCAAAUCAUCCCGGCAGACCUCCCAUCGUUCCACCUCUCCUCUUCAAAUCCCGACCCGAAGAGGCGUCUCACAAACACUCAAUACCACUGGGGCAUCUUGGAGUCCUGAUCGAACCAAAUCGGUCGCGAAAGGCAAGACCGCAGUGAAGAGUCUGAAAAAUAGGUUGGCUGCCUUUGCCAGUCAAUCCUCGCAUAUGUCUUCGUCCAGUGAGGACGAGAGCGAUGAUGGGCUAAACGAUGAGGAACCUGCCGAAGAGACAGAGGACGCAAUGAACCACGACAUCAUCGAUGCCACAGGACCAGACAGCGGCAGCGGCAGCGAGCUCGACGUUGAAAGGCCAUCCAGAACCCCCCUAGCCAAACGGCCCGCCCCGGAUAUCCUAUCGAUCGACAUGUCGACCCCGGAAGACAUCCCCAUCUACAAGGGCGAAAUCACAACGACAGUGAUCCCAGGCGAGAUGACCUUGCGCUUUGACGUUGCCCGCGUCAAGAGGCGGUAUUCCUCCUAUGGCCGUCGCCGGCCUCGCCGCGCAUACAAUUCGGAAUGGAGCAUAUCGAGCGCUGCGGGGAUCAAGAAUCAUGACCCGGUGCAAGCGGAGGAGGCGUUGGCUCGCGUGAUCUCGAAAUCAGAUUUCGCAAGGAUGCAAGUCCUUGGGCAGUUCAAUAAAGGGUUCAUCAUUGCUCGACUCGGAUCAAGUCAAGGUGUCUCCGACGAUCUGUUCAUCAUCGACCAACAUGCCUGCGAUGAAAAGUACAAUUUUGAAACCCUUCAACGAACGACAGUAAUCAAGGCGCAGACCCUCAUAAGACCGCGUCCGCUGCAGCUGACUGCCGGCGACGAAAUGGUUGCGAUCGAGAAUAUGGAUGUCCUCAAGGCCAAUGGGUUUGAGGUACUCGUAGAUGAAGACAAAGCCCCUGGGCGGGGAGAGAGGAUAAGCUUGUCCGCCAUGCCAGUUUCGAGAGAGACGACAUUCGAUUUUAAAGACCUUGAACAGCUCUUGCACAUGUUAUCGGAUGGAGCUCGACCAGCUGGCCAGAUGGUCAGGUGUAGCAAAGCUAGAUCCAUGUUCGCCAUGCGAGCUUGCCGGCGAAGCGUGAUGAUUGGAAAAUCAUUGACAAAGCCGCAAAUGACUCAGUUACUCCGCAACAUGGGCACUAUCGAUCAGCCAUGGAACUGUCCACAUGGUCGACCGACGAUGCGGCACUUGACCAAGGUUCCAAUGACAGUCGAAGGCUCAGAUCGCAUAGAUUGGUCACGUUGGGACAGUCAUCACGGCUGA